GUUGUAUAAAGUUUGAUAGUUAAUAAUAAGCGUACAUUAUAAGAUCCUGCAGGGAUGAAUCUCAGAGCCUUAGACGACAAGGGCUUUUUUUCUUAUCAAAACAAGUACUCCUUUUGCACGUCUACAAUCGUGAAGAAGUCAAACACCAGGCUCCGCCCAGUUUCCACCACCACCGCAAACCGUUCUUGCAAGGUCCGAUGCGAGAGCUCGUCGGAAUCUGGGGACGAAUUACAUGGAAAAUCAUAUUCAUGGCGAUCGCCGGAGGGCGUGGUCCGUUGCUCAGCAAAUUACGUUCCUUUAUCACCCAUUAGCUUCUUGGAGCGAGCAGCCGAUGUUUACAGAGACCGGACUUCCAUCGUUUAUGGGUGCAUCAGCUACACAUGGAAAGAAACGCACCAUAGAUGCGUCAAGCUUGCAUCUGUUCUUAAACAUUUAGGUGUUUCUCGUGGCGACGUUGUAGCGACACUAGCGCCAAAUGUUCCGGCAAUGAUAGAGCUUCAUUUCGCAGUUCCCAUGGCUGGAGCCAUCAUUUGCAAUCUCAACACACGUCAAGAUCCAAAUAUGAUUUCAACUCUGCUACAACACUCGGAAGCCAAGAUCCUCUUCGUCGACACCCAAUUAUUGGAUAUAGCAGAAGAAGCUGUCAAUCUUCUCAAGAACACACACUCAAAACCCCCUCUCGUUGUCGUAAUAUCCGAACCCGACUCCCGAUCACCGUUGACUAAUACCGGAAAAUACGAAUACGAGAGCCUUGUGGAGAGUGGAGUGACUGAAUUCUCUAUAAUCCGACCAAAUGACGAAUUUGAUCCCAUCAGUUUAAACUACACCUCCGGGACAACUUCACAGCCGAAAGGAGUAGUUUUUAGCCACCGAGGGGCUUAUCUUGGCUCCCUUGCGUCGGUGUUCUUGCGAGAUAUGCAAGAGAGGCCUGUUUACCUUUGGACGUUGCCUAUGUUUCACUGCAACGGGUGGUGCUUCUCGUGGGGGGUAGCGGUGGUCGGCGGCACCAACAUUUGCCUCCGACGUUGUGACCCUAAAGAUAUAUUCAACAAUAUAGUGCUUCACAACGUCACACACAUGGACGGAGCUCCAACUGUAUUAAACAUGCUUGUGAAUUCUCCGGCGACUGACAGAAAACCACUUCCACAUAAAGUCAAGAUUCUGACAGGCGGCGCAUCUCCACCACCGACAAUCAUUUCCAAGAUAGAGGGGCUAGGGUUUCGUGUAUCUCAUAUUUACGGUCUCACUGAAACGUAUGGUCCAGGAACUUCAUGUUUAUGGAAACCCGAGUGGGAAAAGUUGAAUCUUGAAGAACAACUGAAGCUUAAAGCACGACAAGGAGUGAAAGCUUUUGUGAUGGAGGAAGUCGAUGUAAAAGAUCCUGUAACAAUGGAGAGUGUAAAAUGUGAUGGGAAAUCGUUAGGGGAGGUUAUGUUUAGAGGGAAUAUAGUCAUGAGUGGAUACUUUAAAGAUUUAAAAGCAACAAAAGAGGCUUUUAAAGGAGGUUGGUUUAGAAGUGGUGAUCUUGCAGUCAAACAUUCAGAUGGAUAUAUAGAAGUGAAGGAUAGGUCUAAAGAUGUUAUAAUAUCGGGUGGUGAAAAUAUAUGCACCAUCGAGGUCGAAACGGUAAUUUACAGCCAUCCGGGAGUUUUGGAGGUGGCGGUUGUUGCACGGCCUGAUGAUCAUUGGGGUGAAACUCCAUGUGCAUUUGUGAAGUUGAAGGAGGGUGUUGAUGUUGAUGGUGAUGAAAUUAUUGAGUAUUGUAGAGAUCGAAUGCCACAUUAUAUGGCACCUCGAAGUGUUGUUUUUGAUGAUUUGCCAAGAAAUUCGACUGGAAAGGUGCAGAAGUUUGUGUUGAGGGAGAAGGCAAAACGUUUGGGGAGUUUGUUUUAACAAAUUACAAUGUAAGUGGAAUUAUAAGUAAUGGUAAUAGUAAGUGUUAUAAUACUUGCUAGGAAGACGUUGAUUCAAAAAGCUCUGUUUUUGUAAUAUGCUUUAUUUAAGAGCCAAG